AUGAGAAUCGGACGGGGAUUGACCUUUGUCCACGAAUCCGCGGAGGAAUCGGCAGAUGGAGCGAGCGAUGCUCCUGAAUCCCAGGAUGACGAACAUCCUCAUCUUGAGAAUGCUCCAGACCCUCCGUCUGUUGUAUUCUCGGCACCGCCAGCUCUUCCGCCUCCGGCAACAAUGAAUUCCCCUGUCGAAAAUGGAGUGGUCGAUCAUCCAGUGGCUUCGACGGCCUCCUUGCCGGAAGAGCACCAUGCGACCCCGUCCGCCAUUUCGCCCCACGGAAUGGCCAGUAUAAUCUCGCCUCUGCCGUCAACAAGUGCAUGGACAAGUGCAACAUCGCCAACGAGCCCGUCCACUCCUCGUUCAACUAGCUCGGUAUCCAUGAACUCUCGAGAAGCUUUUCUGCUUCGUUUGUUCAUACAUAAGAUCGCCCCGUGGGCCGAUAUAUGCGAUCUCCGAUCGCAUUUCACCACCGAAGUGCCGCGCCGGGCACUCCAGUUUCCCAUGGUACUCAAAGCCGUCUUGGCACUCUCGGCGCGUCUCGAUGCGAUCAUGUCCGACACCAGUGACUGGGAAGCAUCCGAGUACCACGGCCAAUGCCUGGAGCUCCUGAUCGAUGCCCUGGCUCAGCCAGAAGAGACCUACGAUGACAACCUACUCAUCACAGUUGUUAUCCUGCGCAUAUACGAGGAGCUCGAGCGUGAAAAUGACGAGAACUGCCACUUCCUUGGAUCUAACCGACUGCUAAAUACAAUGACCAAGUCGGCAUCGUCCGGAGGACUUGCCGAGGCCGUAAGUUGGCAAUUUCUGCGCCAAGCGAUAUAUGCAUCGAUUGUUCAGUACCAGCCCAUCCAGUUGGACUUGGGCAAUUACGAACGCUCUGCCGUUUUCCAGCGCCGCGAUGAUGCAGCUUAUGCUAACGUGAUUAUCUUCCUCUGUGCGCGCAUCAUCCAACUGUACUCCCGUGGCCCAGGAAGUCUGGUCGAUGAGGGUGAGUGGCAUCGUUUGUCUGAGAGCGUUGAAGAGUGGCAUCGUACGAGGCCCAUUAGUUGGCAACCGUUGCAAUACAAGGAUGCGAAUACAGCGGAGAAUCGACCGUUCCCUGAGCUGUGGAUGAUGGCACCUUCGGCUGUGGUCGGGCUGCAAUAUUACCACACGUGUUGCAUCCUCCUCGCCUCUGCCGAUCGUCACUGGGGAACAGUGAGCAAUUUUGGCAUUGCACGACAACGACGGAUCGAAGAGAGCACGAUCGCCUCUCACAUCAUCCAAGUCAUCGGACUAUCCAUGUCCAACGAGACGGUCGAGAACGCAUACUUCAUGGCCUGUCAUCUACUUGUUCGAUGUACGCAUCCGCCUCCUAUUUAG